UUUUAACGCGCUGGCGACGUAGGGUCGCAUAUUUAUCAAAAAAACUGGAGAACGGCGAGCGAUCGGCAUUCGCAGCUAGCUUAAGCUUGAUUGACCAGGAAUUUGUUUAUAAUGUUGGUUGUGACAUAGAAUUAUUUGUGCAGAAACGGCUGAGCAGUGGUGUUCUGCUCUUUCCACCUGUGGGCAAUUAUCGCCGCUAUCUCAUCCAUCAAACAUGUGAGAACUACAAACACCAGUACGAUCUUUUCACAUUCUCGGUGGGGCAAGGGCCGCAGCGACGCACUGUGCUUUGUUUUCGCAAUCAGCUCCUCGAUCCGCACGGCUUUGAGGCACGAAAGCAGCAGCUGAAUCAGCCAAUCAGGAGUUGGCGGAGCAACGGACAUAACGGCAAAGGCAGCAACAGCAUCAGCAGUAGUAGUGCGAACAGGAGAAACACCCUAACUGAGCCCUGUAAAAUGGGCGUGAAGAAGCAUAUCAGCGAGACACCUUUAAGCAAAUCGAACUCUGUGGACUUGUAUAGACCGCCAGCACUUAGGAAGAACAGCAGCAGCGAAGAGACAGCUGCAUCGAACGAAACGCCAGCAGAGACAGCUGCAGGAACAGAAACAUCGAAUUCUACUUCCAAAGAAUCACCGAGCAGAGAGCAACAGUCCACUCGACGUGAACGCCGCCCCGACCGAGCUGUAUAUGUGCCAAGGGCACGACGCAGUCAAACUACACCACCGACAACCACAACAACCAGCAGCUCAGCGACAGCGACAUCAGCAGCAACUAAAACGACUGCGGCGCCAAGCGCAUUACCAGUGGAAGCAGCGCCAGUUGCAGAAGCAAAAGUAAACCCGUCCAAACCAGACGACGGCAACAGUCAGCUGAAGCUCACGAAGAAACCCAAGUCGCAUCGGGAGCGUAAGGAACGUAGCAAGAAAUUGAUAUCGGCAACGGAAAAACUCACUGAAACAGAGGCGGAGGCAGCUACGGUGCUUGUGAUAUCGGGCAGCGGGACUGAAGUGAGAACUGAAAACGAAUCGAACCAAGACAGCACCGGCAACUGUGAUAAGGAGAUCAUGAACAGCGGCCAGCGUACAAAGCCCGUCAGUGGUAGCAAAGCCAACAGCAAUGGAAAACAGCACCCGCCGCCAUUGCGAAUCGAGGAUGUGGCGGCAUCCAGGACCAACAAUGCAGAGGAAGCUGCCAAAUGUGAUAAUGAUGAGCGCGAGCUGCAGCGAGCCUCGAAGGAAAUCAAUCGCAGCAAUCGACGCAUCAUGAAACAAACCUUUGUUUCGGAUGUGCUGGAGAUACCCGAGAAGAUCGAGAUGGUCUCCAAGGCAGCCACUCGGGCAACAGCGACAGCAAAACCACCUGGAGGCAGCACCACCGAAGAUGACGAUGAGGAAGAAGAGGAUGACUGGGAGAAUAUGUUUGAUGAGAGCGGCGACUGUCUGGAUCCGAAGAUUCUCCAAGAACUGAACGAUUCUGUGGGCAAGUGCAAAAUAGAGCUGCCCAAGAUGGACUACACCGUGUUUCACAUCAAGCAGUCCCUGCUAAACGACGAGGAGUUCCCUCACGUGCUGGAGGUGUCCAAUUUUCCAGUGGAGUUCAAAACGCCCGACCUGCUCAUGCUCUUCUCGCAGUACAAAGGCAGUGGCUUCGAUAUAAAAUGGGUAGAUGAUACCCACGCUUUGGCUGUGUUUAGCAGUUCCCGCAUUGCUGCUGAGGUGUUAACAAUGGGACAUCCAUUUGUGAAAUUAAAGCCGCUGGCCGAGGCCACACUCGAAUCGCGAGUCAAGGCCAAGAAGGCCGGUGCCGUCUCACUGCAACCAUAUCGCCAGCGUCCGGAGACAUGCACGGCCUUGGCCCGACGUCUAGUAUCCGGAGCCUUGGGAGUGAAACUGGCAACAGCGCCGGAGGAGCGUGAGAACGAGAGGCGUGUUCUACGUGAAGCCAAAGAACGUAAACUUUUAGCUGCCAAACAGCGCGAUGAGGUCUGGGAGAGCUAGGCCAGGGUGCUGAGAAGCACGGUGCAUUUUUUCUCACAUGCGCAACGCAUGCUCCAAUCAGCGAUAAGAAUAACACUGCAACAAA